ACCGAGAGGGACAGAUCUGGAGAGGACAGUCCGUCCAGAGGAAAGACGGGAUAAACAGCUCCAGGACAAUGGUGAUGGCAGAAGUCCUGCAGGUGCUGCGUGGGGCAGGUAAGGUGGGCUCUGCCCUGGUCGCCACACAGGGAGAACAGCUCCGACUGAUGGCGUGUAACUCCUCCAUGGCCGCCGGCGUCAAAGCUGCUCAGGACGUGGCCGAAGGACUCAUGGGGACCUUUAUGGGGGGCAGCAGCUCGCAGCAGUCGGUAAAGGAGGAUGUGUUCCCGGAUGCGGAGGGUUGGGACUCUGUGGACCCUGAAGAAGCAGCCAAGUGGGCCAUGGGGUCAGAGUUCACUCCUGAUGCUGCGGAGCAAAGCCAGACCAGAGCUGCAGCUGCAGCAGAGACGCCAACAGGCGUCCCCCCUGCCCCCGGGGCAGCUCCUGCAGGGUCUGGCUGGCCGGGACAGGACGCUCGCUUCCUGCACACGGCCCCCCGCCUCCACAGGUUCUACUACCAGACCAGGUCUAUCCACGACACGGUGGUCGCCAGACUCACACCAGAAGACAUGAAGAAAGCCAGGGAGGCCAAGCAGGCCCUGGUGAAACCUGUCAGACAGAAGUUGAGUGACCGUGCCAAAGAGAGGAAGGUUCCCGCCACUAGAAUCAGCAGGCUGGUUAAUUUUGGGGGACUGGCAGUAGGACUUGGGAUUGGAACCAUUGCAGAAGUGGCAAAACAGUCACUGGGAGGCAAACAGAAAGGAGCAGCUAACGCCCUGUUAGACUCUCCUCUGCUGUCGGAGGCCAACGCUGAGAGGAUCGUGAACACGCUGUGUAAGGUCCGUGGAGCUGCUCUGAAGAUCGGACAGAUGUUCAGCCUGCAGGAUAACAACUUCAUCAACCCCCAGCUGCAGAGGAUCUUUGAGCGGGUCAGGCAGAGCGCUGACUUCAUGCCCACCUGGCAGAUGAAUAAGGUUCUGGAGGAGGAGCUGGGUCCCGGCUGGAGAGACAAGCUGACGUCUUUUGAAGACAAACCGUUUGCUGCAGCUUCCAUCGGCCAGGUUCAUCACGGCGUCUUAAAGGACGGACGAGAGAUCGCCAUGAAGAUCCAGUACCCUGGAGUAGCAGAGAGCAUCCACAGCGACAUCAACAACCUGAUGUCUGUCCUGAAGAUGAGCGUCGCCCUGCCAGACGGUCUGUUUGCAGACAGCAGCCUGGAGGUCCUGCAGAAGGAGCUGGCGUGGGAGUGCGACUAUAAGAGGGAAGCAGAGUGUGCCAAGAGGUUCAGGUCCAUGCUGGAGGGAGAUGACUAUUUCCAUGUCCCUGAGGUGAUUGAUGAGCUGUCGGGCCGCAGGGUGCUGGCCAUGGAGCUGGUCCAAGGAGUCCCACUGGACCGCUGCGUAGAACUGGACCAGGACACCAGGAACCAGAUCUGCUUCAGGAUCCUCCAGCUGUGUCUCAGGGAACUGUUUGAGUUCAGGUUCAUGCAGACGGAUCCAAACUGGGCCAACUUCUUCUACAACUCAGACACCAACAAGGUGGUUCUGUUGGACUUCGGAGCGUGCCGAGGCUACCCAGCAUCCUUCACUGACGACUACAUCCAGGUUGUGUACGCGGCCUCGGUGGGGGAUCGAGACACGGUUCUUUCCAAAUCCAGGACGCUGAAGUUCCUGACAGGCUUCGAGACCAAGGCGUUCGAGGAGGCCCACGUGGACGCGGUGAUGAUCCUUGGCGAGGCCUUUGCGUCCGCCGAGCCGUUUGACUUCGGCACCCAGAGCACCACGCAGCGCGUCCAGAGCCUGGUGCCCGUCAUGCUGCGCCACCGCCUCACCCCGCCCCCCGAGGAGUCCUACUCCCUGCACCGCAAGAUGGCCGGCUCCUUCCUCAUCUGCUCCAAGCUCAACGCCAGAAUAUCAUGCAGGGACAUGUUCCUGGACGUCUACAACCACUACGACCAGAGGAGACGGGCCGAGCAGGCUGCUUAGACCCUCAGGGACCCUCAGAGACCAGGUCUCUGCUUAGACCCUCUGGGACCAGGUCUCUGCCCACAGAUACUGUCUAUACGUCUUCAGAGUGGGCUGGUCAGGAAAUAGUCUAGACGGAUUUCAGAAUAAAGGCCUCCUAUAAGAAGUGAGGAGCAUUUAUGGGUACAAGUCAGGAACCGGCCUACCUUAC